CGGGGCACGGAGCACGGUGAAACGAAACAAGUAACGUAAAUAAAAAAAAAAGUGGUGAAGUGUUAAGUGUAGUACUCUCAAAAGGAAGUACAGUUGAUUAAAUGAAUACUGGUGAAGAUUCGGAGGAGAGCUGAGGACGGGCUUGGGGACAAUAAUGUCCGCCAAGAGGUCUAAAAUGGCACUCCCUGGUGAGCUAUCGUCUGAGGAGGAGGGGAGCACGGGCCCCUCAGAAAAUUAUGACUACCCGCUGAGGAAGGAGCUUGAAGAGCUCAGAGGCGAGAAAGCAGCCCUCGCACAGCAACUGGAGUGCCAACAACAGCUGAUAAUUCAGCUAAAACAGGAGGUAGCAGCGCUACAAGAGGCGGUGCGAACCAGUGUAGCAAAAAAUAGUGUAGCAAGAAAUAGUAGUGAACCGGUAGUCAUCGACAGCGGGGGAGCACCAGCAGCAAUAGAGGACUCAACAAGAGCCAACGAAGAGUGCGAGAUGGACAGCGUGGGACCAUCACCAAACCCCGAAGUCAACGACGAAGGUGACCCGUUCAACUUCGUGCGGAGGAGGAAAAGUAACAAGAUAAAGGUUAGUGUAAAAACUGUAACCGCUCCUAAACAGGCUACCCCCCCACAAGCUCCCCAACCUACCAAGUCCAAGAAAAUGAGAAUCCCCGCUAUAACUGGGUACGGUUUAAACGUACCAUCUUUUUUAAGACUCCUGAAAAAUAAGGGGCUAAAAGCGUCCCUUAAAAAUACGAGGGCUGACAGGACCCUCAUAUUUACGGAAACGGCAGAAGAUCACGGGAAGGUCUUCGCGCUUUUAAAAGAACAGGGGCUUAAUGCUACCACUAGGACGCCUCCCUCCCUUCGCACCCAGUCUGUAGUUAUCCGCGGACUCCACAGGGAAACGGACCCCGUGGACAUCCUGGAAGAACUUAAAACAGAGCACCCAGAUUUCCAACUGAAGACAGUUGCGAACCUGGUUACGCGCAGAGACAAGUUUCUGCAUAGCGAAAAUCCGGCCCUCCCGAUGAAAUCGCAAUCGGAAUUGUUCAUCGCGACUUUCGAGCCCUCUCAAGAGCUCAGCGAGGUGAUGAAGGUAAAAUAUAUCCUUCAUCAAAAGGUAACCUUGGAAAAGGUCAAAAGUUUCGAGGAAGUGCAGUGUUUCAACUGCCAGAAUUUUGGGCACAUCGCCCAAAAUUGUUCAAUUGUGCACAGAUGUGUCAGGUGCACAAAAUCCCAUCCUCGCGGGGAAUGCGGAAGACAGGCGACCGAAGGGCCUCUUUGCUGCAACUGCGGCCAAGCUGGCCACCCAGCGAGCUAUCGCGGGUGCCCAGCCUAUAAAGAAAUGGUAGCCAGGAAGGAAGCUGCCAAACAAAAGCGAGCCAAUGAAAGCUCCCAAGUCAAGCGCACAGUGACACAACUGUCACAAAGCUUGGUCAAUCCCAGCGUAUCGUACGCUCAAGCUGCCAGAAACACUCAACCAAGAGUGGCAGCACAACCUGCUCCCAUCCCCGCACCAAAUGCCUUCCGCGAAUUGGUGCAAUCUCUCGCGUCGGCCUCAACUAAUGAGCAGCGGCAAUUCGCCGCUAUAAAACUCAUUAUGAAUUUAUGGAGUUAAAAAUCGUCACCUUUAACUCCGCGUCCCUGAUCUCACACGCCCAACGUGCCACAGCCCAAGUGUUGAUUAACA